AUGGCUGGCAAUGAGGGAAUAGGCCUUUGCUUGUCAGUGCCCUGGAAGAGGCGGUGUCUGGCUUUGGGAGCGUGCCAGCGCUCAGGGCUUGAGUGGGUAUUCUGCGCCAUGGAAUUUACAGGGGUAGCGCUGUUCGUGGGCGGUUUCGUCACGAAACAGGAAGAUUUCAUAAACGUGACUGCACUGGAGAUGAGCUGCGAUGAAGCCGGCCGAGGUGCUUCGCUGUUUGAG